CUUUCUGUAACUCAAUUCUAUUUUUUCAAAUUGCAUUUUCCUUCUUCCUCUUUUCCCCCAGUACUUUUUUUUGCGCAAAUUCUCCGAAUUUAUACCUCACAAUAACAAAACACAUCGUCCGAAUGCCCCGCCCUACUAGAGGUAGCCAGAAGGCUGUCAAGCGCGAAGAAGACGAUAUCGACGGAGUGAAGGCUUCAAAGCCAACCCAGUCUGUAGCCGCGACGAAGCGAAAAGCAGAUUCGGAGCCCGAUGCCGAUUCGAAAGCUCAAGCUUCCAAAACUGUGAAAAAGCGCAAGGGAAAAGGAAAAGGCGACGAAGAAGCAAUGGUUUUGGCAGAGCGAACUGCUGUAUCGGCCCUGGGCAAGGCCAUGUACAUUGGCGCUCACGUCAGUGCUGCAGGAGGUGUUCAGAAUGCCGUCGCAAAUGCUGUUCAAAUCGGCGCCAACUCUUUCGCGUUGUUCCUCAAAUCUCAGCGCAAAUGGAGCAACCCUCCCAUCACAGCGGAGGCCAAAAAUGGCUUCAUAAGCCAGUGCAAAGAGCACCACUAUCACGCCAACGAACACGCCCUCCCUCACGGCUCAUAUCUCGUCAAUCUCGCGCAGGCAGACAAGGACAAAGCUAAACAGGCAUAUGACAGCUUUGUCGAUGAUCUCGACCGGUGUGAGCAACUGGGCAUCAAGCUUUAUAACUUCCAUCCCGGAUCUACCGGAGGCGACACAAAGGCCGCCGCGAUCAAGCGCAUCGCUACACAGCUAAACAAGGCCCACAAAGCUACCAAGACUGUCAUCACCGUUUUGGAAAACAUGGCAGGCAGUGGCAACGUUGUGGGAUCGACCUGGGAAGACCUCAGGGAUAUCAUCACUCUGGUGGAAGAUAAGUCUCGUGUGGGAGUAUGCAUCGACACCUGCCAUGCUUUUGCAGCGGGCUACGAUUUGCGGACGCCCGAGACUUUCAAAAAGACUGUUGAUUCUUUCAAUGAAAUUGUUGGCGCAGAUUACUUGAAGGCUUUUCACUUAAAUGACAGCAAAGCACCCUUCAAUUCCAACAGAGAUCUCCACGCCAACAUCGGAACCGGAUUCCUAGGCCUCCGAGCCUUCCACAGCCUCAUGAAUCACGAAGAGUUCCAGAAUAAGCCCAUGGUUCUGGAGACGCCGAUUGAUAGAAAAGGCGCGGAUGGCAAAUCAGUAGAAGACAAGCAAGUAUGGGCCGACGAGAUCAAGCUCCUAGAGAGCCUCAUUGGCAUGGAUCCAGAGACGGAAGACUUUAGAAAGCUAGAAAAGGAAUUGCAAGCCAAGGGUAGUGACGAAAGGAAGAAGAUUCAAGAUCAGGUGGACAAGAAAUCCAAGAGUGCCCCGAAGAAGGGGAAGGCUGCACCGAAGAAAAAAAAGGAGGCGACAAGUGAUGAAGAGAGCGACUAGAAGAAACAAAAGCAAAAAGCUCAAUCUUAAAAUGCUUACUGUUGGCUAUAUAGUAUGGCCUUGUUUGAUUAGUAGGUGCCGCCAUCCUUCAAGGCGGCCCUUAUAUGUAUAUUAUGUCGAAAUGAUUCGAUAAUAGCGCGAUACAAUCUAUAAUGGAAGCUU